CAAGCUUUGUUGUGCCACCACAGCAAUGUGUGUGUCUAAGUGUUUGUGUUUAUAUGUAAAGCAAUUUGCUAUAAAUGCUGUGAAAAUGGCAAAAACUUAACAAACAACGCUUGCGAACUUCUUUUCCCCAAACAUAUGUAAUACUUGAUGCAUACUUUGCGGCGCUUAACAACAUUGAACCACCACGAAAUCCUUGACCUGAACCAAUGCCGACGCUGAAACCUAAACUUCAACAAAACCAAAGCAUAUCGACGGCAACCAGACAAGUUCAUGUAACAGCAGCAACAACAACAGAAACACUAGCACAACUGUAAUAAUAAUAACAAAGACGGAAGUAGCAACUACAAAUUACACAAGCAAAAACUAAUAAGUGCACUAAUGUCUAAACCAAAGUUCGCCAACAAAAUAUAUAGAUUUCCUGCUAAAGACAUCCCGCAGCUGGGAAAACUGCACACAUUCCCAUGCAAAUGGAUGCCUGUCGGCAGCGGCUCCGUGUUUGCUACGCUGUACGUCGCAAAGUUAAGGCACACAGCGCUUACAUAAAAGAUAAUAACGGCAAAUUAAGUGCAACACAGCCAACGAACACAGCCAUAAACCGUACAACAACACUAGCAACAACAGCAUUAACAACUGCACUAAGUUUAGCGUUUAAGCCAGCAACAAAAGCGCACAGCAGCCACAACAGCGCGUCAGCUGUGCGUCGCCCGACAAGCUCAGCGUAUGCGUGUGGAGGGGCACAGCGGCCAAGGGGGGUGAAAUCUGUGCAACGCCAGUGCAAGUGUAGCGCACAAGCACAGCUGACACUGGUGGCAGUAAACGUUUGUGCUUGCAAUUAUAGCCGCGGCGAAGGAACUAGCGUUCACGCCCACCUGACAGCCAUACGCGCCACAUUGAACCUGCUUUACCACGUGUUUGUUGCUGUUGGUGUAGCCUUAACGGUAUUGCUACAACGUUGCUGUGUUGGCAAGGCGCAAGCUAGCUCCAAACGCACACAGACGCAUUUAUCGUUAGCCCAUUCAUUGCGGCCGGCUGCUGGAAAAUCCCAUUGGCCGCAAACGCGCCACACACCGACUACAAUGGGCUCAUGUUUCGGGCGCUGCGUGUCGAAGGAUGCUAAUAGCGGCGGUGUGGCCUCCACCGCAACAUCCUGUUUGUGGCGUCGACAGCAACAUGCAACAGAUGAACAAGAAACGGAACUCGUGUCGAAUGCGAGCGACAAAUGCCCGAGAGAGAAUUUCAUAUAUCGCAUUAUUAAAUUCAAAACGAAGCAAAAGCGGCCACAGUUCAUUGACAAGUUCUGGGAGCAAAAGGAUAUGCAAUACACGAAAUUGCCUAACAGAAGUGCAACCGAAGGCCUCUCUGACAUUCAACUUCAGAACCUCGACGUACACAAUUUACUCAGCAACGCCAUUUUCGCAAAGGAGUCAGCGCUCAAUUACUGCCUGACCGAAGCUCAAUACGCCGCGGCCAGCUCGCGCGCCAGUUCCUCGCUCGAUCUGGAAUGGGAACAUGAGUACGCGCACAUGCGUCAACUCUAUCAGCCGCCACCGCACACGCAUCGCAGCACACAAUCCCUACUACAAGCUAGCACACUCAACAGCAACAACAACCUCGCGCAAUACACCAACGGCAACAACACACCGAUACAUCACAUGCACACGCUCAACAAUAACCACCACACACUGAGUCUGGACAAACGUAGCCACACUUACGACAAUCAUCCGCUGCACGUGCACGUCAACAAUUCAUGGCAAUACCUAAGCAACGACGAUGAGCAGCUCAGCUCAUUGGCUUCAUACUCGCAAUCGAUGUCGCUGCCGCACGCGCCACUAAACGCCGCAGCAAUGGCGCUGGCGACGGCCAAAUCAGUUGAGCGUGGUGAACAGCGCAUGCGCACCCGUCGUGUGGCGCCACCGCCGAUCAAUGAACGACGUAACAGUUCCUUUACGCGCACCUCUUCGUCGCACAACUCAUGGUCGCACAUCUCGACGCCGGAGUCGCUCGAAUGGGAUCAGGAUGAGGAGCAGCAGCGGCAGCUGCGUGUGGAGGACGACAAUUUGGAUGACGAGACGCUCGAGCUGCUGCAUCAGAUUGAACAAUUGAAGAAUCGCGUAUUAGACGAAACCGGCGAUGGACUCUACGAUGACGGUCCGGUAGCUGCGGGGGAGAGCGAAGCAGGCGAAGGUGUACAAUUUAUGAUCGGUGGACAGUACAGUGCAGAGGAUGGACGCAAAGAUAUCAGUUGAUCAGCUGCAUGCGGCUUGCGGUGCAUGAGAGGAAUUUGAGUAGGAGUUAGGUUCUGUACUGUAUAAUCAAGUGCCUAGACUAAAGUAUCAUUAUAUAUUACAAAUAAUAUUUAAUUACAGUUACUGUUAAUGUUAGUCUAAAAGCUAUUACACACGGUCAUGGCAAUAAAGUUUCGUUAGUGUGCGCGUACGUUUCGGCUUGGUUGUGCUGAAACAUUGAAGGUAUAGUGAAUGCCUGUAACAGCUGUCAGCAAUGUUUGGUUCACAACUGCGAGAAUCCAUUUAAAAUAGUUCCCUCAUUUACGGGAAUAUGUCGACUUUAUGAUACGACAAAUUUAUUUUCUCCAUCAUAUCUCCACCAGUCAUCAGAAUCUACUAACAAAAGGAGCAGUUUAUAAUGAAUAGAGCUUAAUAUACUUUAUAAGGUUCUCGUUCGGUUCAUUUACGGUCUUGUUAUCCAUAACAAGCCAGCUGUUAUGAACCCAUAUUUCUUGAAAUUUUUUUGUUCCUCCAAAUGACGUAAGAAUGCACAUAUCGGUUGAUAAUUACAAACUUAUGAGAAAACUGGAUGAAUCCUAGAAGCAAAUUGCCAUGACCGUUCUGUCUCAUAUGAGUGUUAUCGAAAAUAAAUUAAGUAUGGAAUCCAAAGUCGAGGUAUAAAUGUGUACGCAGUUAAAAUAUUUAAUAAAUUUUUGUAGUUGUAAUGUAUCAUAGUGUUGAGAAGACUUCCAAGGCGAAUAAUAAUGUUGAAACUUAGACAGCAUAAGCUAAGCGGUUACUUUUUUAGAGUCGAAGCAUAGUAUAUAGCUUGCACCAUUAAAAUAAUGUUAUUGAUUUUGAUUGAUCACGUAUAUAUAUAAAUAGUAUACCGGUAUACUUGUGGUACCGAUCUGUCAUGUCUAUAUCAUGCAAUUCCGGCCACAAAUAUUCGGUUAUCAUUGAGCGGUAGCGAUUGAGUCAAUUUGACGUUGUAAGGAUGUAGGCCAAAAAAAUUUCGCAAAAUUCGCCACAAUGACGUCACAGAGAUGCCCAAUGCUUGAAAACGACGUGUGAAGGACUAAUUUGAGUCUUCCCAAUAGCAAUAUUCUCGACACUACGGGCACUUCUUUGUCUCACUGGCACGGCAACAUUUUGUAUUAUACUUCCGAUUCCACCAAGCACAGAGCAUUGCCUUCUUACCGAGUCGAUCUGUUUUUUCAGUUGCUGUUGACGACUGUCCCGAAUUAACCAUCGCCAGUGACAAUUCGAUUCAAUACUGAUUUUUUUUUUCGUUUCUUUGAAACAAAGUUUCACAGUUUAUAUAUAUUCUCCUUUUUCAUCCAAUAUACAAGUAUUUUUCCAUAUUUCGAGCACGAUCUCUUGAGCUAUAUAUUAUUGAAAACAAUCCACUUUUCGGCGUCAGUAAAAAUGCGCUUCUAAAAUGGAUCACUUCAUUGACGUUUUAUAAGCAAAUCUCAGUCGUUCUGUAAGAACAUGAAGAUUCCACAUGUCAAACUUCCGAAUUAAUCCUCACAUUUUAUGUGCUUGUGAACGGUCGCCAAUUUUGAUUCCAGCAUUUCCAUCGACCAACGACUUUAUUUUAUCCUCAUCGGCUUCAAGAGUCCUCCAGCACUUGGUGUAUCCUCGAGAUCGAAAAUAUCGGAACGAAUUUUUUGAAAUUAAUUAUGUCAUCUCUUCCGUACAGAUCACAAAAAAUUUGUCUUAAAUUGAUUUGUAUUUUUACCUUUUUGAUAGGAAGAGCGUAAAAUAUGCCGAAUAUAUUCCAUCUUCGACAAGGCAGCAAACAACAACUCUUUCAAAAAAUUUAGGUAAUUGGAAGAUUUCAAAAAACAUAAAAGCUUCCA